GCUUGUACGCAUGCGUGAGAACUCCUAUACUUCCGUUUGAUGGAUGGACAGUUUUAGAGGAGAUACAUGAAAUAUUUAGUCACAAAAGUGUGAUUUAAGCAAACUAUUGUGUAUGCGUUGUUGACACCUAUUGUAAGAUUCUUCCAAAAUGGCUAGCGUGUCGUAUCAUAUCGCAAAUCUUCUUGAGAAGAUGACAUCAAGUGACAAAGAUUUCCGAUUUAUGGCAACAAAUGACUUGAUGGCCGAACUUCAGAAGGAUUCAAUCAAGCUUGAUGAUGAUAGUGAGAGGAAGGUGGUCAAGAUGCUGCUGAAACUGUUGGAGGAUAAGAAUGGAGAAGUCCAAAACCUUGCUGUCAAGUGUCUUGGUCCCCUUGUGAACAAAGUGAAGGAGUUUCAGGUGGAGACCAUCGUGGACACACUGUGCAGCAACAUGCUGUCUGACAAGGAGCAGCUCAGGGACAUCUCAAGCAUAGGACUUAAGACUGUGAUCAGUGAACUGCCACCAUCAUCGACAGCGUUGGCAGCCAGUAUUUGCAAGAAAAUCACCAGUAGAUUAACAAGUGCUAUUGCCAAACAAGAAGAUGUUUCUGUACAGCUAGAAGCCCUAGACAUACUUGGAGAUCUACUUAGUCGAUUUGGAGGGUUGCUGGUGACAUUCCACAGCUCCAUACUGCAAGCCUUGCUGCCGCAGCUGUCAAGCCCUCGACUGGCAGUCAGGAAGCGAGCCAUCAUUGCUAUAGGUCAUCUGGUAAUGAGUUGUAAUAACCAGCUGUUCCUGGAGCUGAUCGAGUUCCUCCUCACCGAGCUGUCCAAGAACACCUCCACUUCCACCACCAGAACAUACAUACAGUGUAUUGGAGCCAUCAGUCGACAAGCUGGCCACAGGUUUGGAGAGCAUCUUGAGAAGAUUAUUCCUCUGAUUGUGAGGUUCUGUAAAGAAGAUGAUGAUGAACUGAGAGAAUAUUGUUUACAGGCAUUUGAGUCCUUUGUGAGAAGGUGCCCAAAAGAAGUGUCACCAUUUAUCACAGAGAUCAUCACAAUCUGCCUGCAGUAUAUCUGCCAUGAUCCCAACUACAACUAUGAUGAUGAUGAUGAAGAAGCCAUGGACACUGAAGCUGAAGAAGAGGAUGAAGAAGGUUCAGAGGAGGAAUACAGUGAUGAUGAUGACAUGAGUUGGAAGGUGCGCAGGGCAGCUGCAAAAUGUCUUGAUGCCAUCAUGGGCACUCGACAUGAGAUGUUGAUCGACUUCUACAAAACUGUGUCCCCAGCCCUCAUACUCAGAUUUAAAGAGAGAGAAGAGAAUGUGAAGGCUGACAUCUUCCAUGCCUACGUUACACUAUUACGCCAGACUCGCCCUCAGGCCUCCGCCAACCCAGACUCUAUGGAACAGGAAGAUGGCCCACUGACUAUGCUACAGACUCAGGUUCCAGAUGUUAUCAAAGCUAUCCACAAACAGUUAAAAGAGAAGAGUAUCAAGACUCGCCAGGGUUGCUUCAGCCUCCUCACAGAGCUGGUGCUGGUUCUCCCUGGGGCUCUCACAGACCACCUCACAGCUUUAAUCCCUGGCAUUCAGUAUUCACUCGGUGACAAGAACACAAGUUCCAACAUGAAGAUUGAUACUCUGUCUUUCCUGAACACCAUCCUGCUUCACCACCCACCGGCAGUGUUCCACCCACACAUCCGAGUUGUUGUGCCGCCGAUAGUUCAUGCUGUCGGAGACCCCUUCUACAAGAUCACCUCAGAGGCUCUUCUGGUCACCCAGCAGCUGGUCAAGGUCCUCCGGCCACUAGAAACCCAGGUGUCAUUUGACUACAAGCCUUAUGUUAAGGACCUCUAUGGUUGCACACUGAAGAGGCUCAAGGCUGCUGACAUAGACCAGGAAGUAAAGGAGAGAGCCAUUUCGUGCAUGGGUCAAAUUAUUUGUAAUCUUGGUGACUCUCUAGCAGCUGAGCUUAGAGAGUGUUUACCAAUCUUUUUGGAGAGAUUAAAAAAUGAAAUCACACGCCUGACAACAGUGAGAGCUCUGACCAUGAUAGCCAAUUCUCCCCUUAAGAUUGAUAUAAGACCAAUCCUAACUGAAGGGGUUCCCAUUUUGGCAUCAUUCUUGAGGAAAAACCAAAGAGCUUUGAAACUGUGUACCCUGUUGUGUCUAGAUGUUCUCGUGAAAAACUAUGGUCCAGCCUUGACGCCAGGGAUGAUCGCAGACAUGAUGAAGGAAAUGCCAUCACUCAUCAAUGAGAAUGACCUUCAUGUGUCACAGUUAACACUGAACCUCCUGACGUCCAUCUCCCGGAUACAGAAAUCCUCCAUCUCCAACAUACAGUCGGAGAUCCUGCCGCAGAUCCUGGUUUUGAUACAGUCGCCCCUACUACAAGGCGGGGCACUCAAAGCUCUCUUAGAAUUCUUCCAGUCUGUAGUGAAACUUGGCUUAGCCAAACUAGGCUUUAAAGAUCUGUUACAGCUGUUGAUUAUGCCAAUUUACAGUCCACAACAAACAGGCACUGGAUUUGCUGUUCAUAAACAGGCCUUUCAUUCCAUAGCCAAAUCUGUAGCUGCACUAACUGUGAUGAGCCCUGAAGAGGCAGGCAAUGUUGUCAACCAGUUUGUUAGUGAUGUUAAGAAUGCAAAGUCAACCGAUUCAAUAGUUCUAUUCUCAUUAUUAGCCCUCGGCGAAAUAGGAAAACAUGUUGAUUUAAGUAGCCAAGGCGAGAUUCAAAAUGUAAUAUUAGAGUCUUUUUCAUCUCCCAAUGAAGAAGUGAAAUCAGCAGCAUCAUAUGCUUUAGGCAAUGUCAGUGUUGGAAAUCUACCCAAAUUCCUUCCAUUUGUGUUACAAGAAAUAGAAAAUCAGCCUAAAAGACAGUAUCUGUUACUACACUCUCUGAAAGAGAUCAUCAGCUGUGAGUCUGGCUCCCCAUCUGGUGUAGAAACUCUCAGCCCCUAUGUACAGACAGUAUGGACGAUGUUGUUUAAUCACUGUGAGUGUCCUGAGGAAGGAACAAGGAAUGUUGUGUCCGAAUGCCUGGGGAAACUGACCCUCAUCGACCCAGGGAACCUCCUGGGUAACCUGAGACAACACCUCAAUCACCAGUCUGCUUUGACACGUAGCACGGUCGUCACAGCAAUUAAGUUCACAAUAUCAGACCAGCCACAAGGUAUUGACACAUUGCUGCGAGGGUGUAUUGGAGAUUUCCUGCGAACGUUACAAGACCCGGACCUGAAUGUGAGGCGAGUGGCCUUAGUGACCUUCAACUCGGCUGCUCACAACAAACCCUCUCUAAUUAGAGAUCUCUUGGAUUCAGUUCUACCCCAUCUUUAUAAUGAAACGAAGAUAAGGAAAGAGUUGAUCCGGGAAGUGGAAAUGGGUCCUUUCAAACACACACUAGAUGAUGGUCUGGACAUUAGGAAGGCAGCCUUCGAGUGUAUGUACACCCUGCUGGACUCCUGUUUAGAUCGGUUGGACAUAUUCGAGUUCCUCAACCAUGUAGAAGAUGGACUUAAGGACCACUAUGACAUAAAGAUGUUGACGUACCUGAUGCUGGUCCGUCUUUCACAUCUCUGUCCAAAUGCUGUACUUCAAAGACUGGACCGACUGGUUGAACCACUGAGGGCAACUUGUACAACUAAGGUGAAGGCCCAUUCUGUGAAGCAGGAGUUUGAAAAGCAGGAUGAGCUGAAGAGAUCAGCCCUCCGAGCUGUGGCUGCGUUGCUCAACAUCACUGAUGCAGACAAGAGUCCACAGAUGAAUGAGUUCCUUACCCAGAUCAAAUCAAGUUCAGAACUGUCUUCUAUGUAUGAAAACAUUCAGAAAGAUGCCAUCUCAACGUCGGACUCAACCACGAUGGACACAAGCUGAAUACCUUCUUUCCCUAGCGUUGUAAUCAAGUGCUCUUUUAAGUCAGGGUGUGGCUUUGCUGGGUGCACAUGUUUGUUAAGUAUGAGCAAGACGUCUUCAGAUCAUUAGAAAAGCCUCUUCCGCAACUGACAAUGCUGGACUUCUAUUUUUUAGUUAAAUGGAUCAGUGUGAAGAGUUUGUACAUGUACACUACUCAAAGGAAUUUAAAGAACACCCAAUUCUUUCAUAUCACUGUAAUUAAUCCGUCAUAACAGAUAAACUAUAGCAAUAUGAAAGAAUUGGGUGUCUUAACUUCUUUCGUGUAGUAUACAUAGCUCAAGACAACAAUACAACACCCUGAAUGACACUUUAAAAAGUGCUAUCACUGUUGGUUUCCAUAAAUAAAAUGUGAAAAUUAUGCGAUGAGAAUCCAUGUUAAACAUGCUGUUUCUUGUCAUGAUGGAUUGAUAUGAUCUUGAUCAGGCAUUUCAUAAGAACGCCUUUUGUGCUAUGAGACUUGACUUUGUCAAGCAGAUGUCAUUUCCUGGUCUGUUGGAGACGUGCCCGCUUCAAUGCACAAUCGUAAGAUAUUGUGUAAUACCUAAAUUUGGUUGCUGUCGUAUUCUGGAAAGGCCUUUGUUGAUAUGUGCACAACCACUCGCAUCUUCCUCUGAUGUCCUUCUUGUCACUUCUACAAACCAGGAACCUGUUCCACAAAACGAUCUUUGUGUCAAGUGUCUCAGUCAGUGCUAAAGUAUUGGUGUUACGUUCAUCUUUGGGCUAAGACCACUUUGUGGAACAGGGUCCUGAACACGAUAAACCACUGCUGUGACGACCACUUGAAUCCUACUCUAAGGGUAAUUGGUUAUCAUUGCAAAUUGUGUGUUGACUGAUGGAACCGAGUAUUGUGUUUUUGAUUGCAGUUUUACUUGUUAAGAGUACAGGCUACAAAAGCGUACCGAAGGAGCAGCACAUUAACAUAGAUACUUCUGUAUAUCAAUGCUUAAGUCAAAUCCUGUAUGUUAUGUCAUGGUCAAAGUAUCCCCUGCAGAAUUGUUGUUGAAGUAUAAAACCAUCACAUAUGCUAAUGGAGAAGGUGAUGCAAAUAUCACAAUAUGCUUAUAUGCCUUUCCCCCAAUGUAGCAUUCAACCAUAUUUAAAAUUGUUCAAUGUAUAUAUACCAAAUUCCAAGAUAAUAAUAUUUUGUUAUACUACAACAAAAUCACAAACUAGAAAUGUCAAAAUUCAGAUGGAAGUCAUUCAAUUUUUGGAGGAAAUAUAAUCAAUAAUCUGGAACAGACAACAUUGAUUCAUAAAGAUCUUGUUCAUUACCAAGUGAAUGUUUGUCAUUCUGUAAAUAACUUUGGAUCAAUGGCUUUCUUGGUCAAAUUUGAUGAUACAAGCUUUCAGUAUGUUUGCCCCUCACUUUUCUGCUUGCUCCGGUGGAUGCCCACAGCCGUAACAUGCCUGCGUAUCAAUGCACUUUUCACAGAUAUGAUGGUCAGGCAUUAGGAAGGCCAUCCAGCGGUGUACAUAUUGAGUCCCCGUGACGGUUAUCUUCACUUAGUUUGUACUAUCAGUGUGGCAAAACCUGCGACUAAUAAAUACAAUGUUUAUCUAA